GAGAUUUGCUGCUGUAUUAACCAGAAGUGACUUCUCUGGACCUGACAACAGCAAGAGCGAGCGAGUGAGAGGGAGAGAGAGAGAGAGAGCGUGAUAGAGAGCAAAUCUCCGUCUAGAGUGGAAGAGCGAGCGCGAGAGCGAUAGGGAACAAAGCUCACUUUGUGAGCGAGAGAGUGAGGGAUAGUGAGAGAGAGAGCAAAACUCAGUGUCAGAGAGAGAGAGAGACAACGCGAGAGAGAGACAGAGUUCCCGACUGUGAACGCCAACAACAGGGUGAACGAGAGGGAGAGAGAGAGAGACGAAGAGAGAGAGAGCGUGAGAGAGAGGAAGACAGAGAGAGACAGGGGGAGAGAGACAGAGAUCCUGAAUGUGAACACCAACGACGGGGUGAACGAAAGGGAGAGAGAGAGAGACGAAGAGAGAGAGAGAGAGAGAGGGGAACAGAGAGAGUGAGAGAGAGGAAGACAGAGAGAGACAGGGAGAGAGAGACAGAGAUCCCGAAUGUGAACGCCAACGACGGGGUGAACAAAAGGGAGAGAGAGAGAGAGACGAAGAGAGAGAGAGAGAGAGAGAGGAACAGAGAGAGAGAGAGGCUUGCGAAAAUAGGCUCUAUCUGGGAAAUCGUCAUUGGUAAAGACUCGGCCGCUGGAGCAGUUCCUUUCCUCUUGACGUGAGAGAGAGAGAGAGGCCACGAUGGUCCGAUGGUUUCACCGGGACAUCAGCGGCACUGAGGCUGAGAAGCUGUUGAAGGCACGCGGAGUCCAUGGGAGUUUCCUGGCUCGGCCCAGCAGGCAGAACCCGGGUGACUUCUCGCUCUCCAUACGGGUCGGGGAGCAGGUGACACACAUUCGAAUACAGAACACCGGAGACUACUACGACCUGUAUGGGGGAGAGAAGUUUGCCACCCUCUCAGAGCUGGUCCAAUAUUACACAGAGCAAGAGAACAUCCUGCAAGAUAAGGAUGGAACCAUCAUCAAACUCAAAUACCCGCUCAACUGCUCGGACCCCACCAACGAGAGAUGGUACCAUGGGCACCUUUCCGGCAGUGCAGCGGAGAGACUGCUCGGAGACAAGCAAACACCCUGGGUGUACCUGGUGCGCGAGAGCUUGAGCAACCCCGGAGAUUUCGUACUCUCUGUCGCCAUCGAUUCCAACAAGGUGCAGGACAGUGAGAUGAAACAAAAAGUCACACACAUCAAGAUCAUGUGUCAGGAUGGUAGGUAUACUGUCGGGGGCCCUCAAAAGUUUGACUCUCUGACAGACCUGGUGGAAUAUUAUAAACGGUCAGUAAUUGAACAAAUUGAUGGAACGAAAGUCCUUCUUAAACAGGUAUGUAACCUUCAGUGUGUGUGUGAGAGAGGGAGGGUGGGGGCGCGGUUAGAGAGACCUCCCCAGAUACAG